CCCACUCGUACAAAAAUAAAAAACCAUAUCAUUCCCGAAGACCAAACCUACAGACCCUCGCUUCCGUCACAAUUUUUCUACGAACCAUACGAUUUUCCGGCGAACACCAUACAGCGGCGGCGACGGGUUGAAACCCAGAAGCAAAGAUGUCGGGCAUGGGGGACGGGUACGUCGGCACCGCCCAAGACGCCGUCAGGAUACGAAGGCUCGAGAAACAACGAGAAGCCGAACGGAAGAAGAUCCAAGAGCUCAAAAGUAAAAACGCCAAAGGCCAAUCCGGUCUUCUUCAAUUCGGAUCCGGAACCUCUGAAAUCCUUGAGACUGCCUUCAAGAAGGAAACCGUUGGGUUAGUUACAAGGGAGCAGUAUGUUGAGAAGAGGGUUAACAUUAGAACCAAGAUUGAAGAAGAAGAGAAAGAGAAACUUCAAAAGCUACAACAAGAGGAGGAGGAGCUUCAGUUACAAAAACUUAAAAAGAGGAAGAUCAAGGCUAACCCUAGGCUAUCGUUUUCUGAAGAUUUUGAAAAUGGGGAAGAAGAAGAUGACGAUGAUAAAACUACAGAACCGAGUACGUUUGGGCGAAGAGGCUUUGGCAAAGAUCCCACAGUAGAAACAAGCUUUCUGCCAGACAGUGAGAGAGAGGCAGAGGAGCAAGCUGAGCGUGAAAGGUUGCGGAAACAGUGGCUCCGUGAGCAAGAGCAGAUUAAAAAUGAGGCGCUUGAAAUUACUUACAGUUACUGGGAUGGAGCAGGCCAUCGGCGAGUGAUGCAGGUUCGAAAAGGCGACACUAUUGGCGAGUUUCUACGUGCUGUCCAGCAGCAACUUGCACCCGAAUUUCGAGAAAUACGUACAACUUCGGUUGAAAACCUUUUAUAUGUGAAAGAAGAUCUCAUCAUUCCACAUCAACACAGUUUCUAUGAGCUGAUUGUGAACAAAGCCAGGGGAAAAAGUGGACCGCUUUUCCACUUUGAUGUGCAUGAAGAUGUGCGAACAAUUGCAGACGCAACCAUAGAGAAGGAUGAGUCACAUGCUGGUAAAGUCGUUGAGAGGCAUUGGUACGAGAAGAACAAACACAUAUUUCCUGCUUCAAGAUGGGAGAUAUAUGACCCAACGAAGAAGUGGGAGAGGUAUACUAUCCACGGGGACUAGUAAACUAAAACAGAAUCAACGUCCUAUGUUUUCUAAGGUUAUUGUCAAAUGUUUUUGGAUGUUACAUGUUUCCAGUUGCUAUUGAAUUAUACUGUCUGUAUUCAGUGCAAUGUGUUUUGCUUUUAUACUAUAAUUAAGGUGGGAACAUAAAGCUUACAUAUGGUAGAAUACUAGAACCUUAUUUUCUUGUUGGGAUCUCAUUUCUGGUGUUAAAGAUGUCAAGACAGUUGCCAAGUGGUAUUUAUUUGAAUUUUGGUUAAAAGAUUA